UACUAUGUCAGAAAGAUGUGGCGAUAUAUUUCUGAUACUGUUUAUAUAUUUGUAUAUUAUACACAUUUCCCAGGCAAUCUGCACUUCUCAUACGUACUCAAGUCAGAUGAGAGGGAUGGAAGUACUGCAUACAAGUGUGCAAUCAGCAAUAUUAAGUCUAAUGUCAUCAGACUUGGCAACGAGAACAGCCUGACUGUCACAAGCACUGGACCUAUUCCAAACUCUGCACCAAAGCUUCAGUACAGCACCUCUGUCUCAUUCCUAACUGUGGAAGUUGGGAAGAACGCCACACUGGAGUGUGUCUUCAGUGGAUACGUGUCAUCCAGCAUCCCAUCAGAGACAGUACCCAGAGUCACGUGGUAUGACCAGGAUGGACGAGCCAUCACACAAGGAGGUCACUAUGAUAUUACCUCAAAUGGCCGAAUUCUUACAAUCAUGAAUGUGACAGAAGAUGAUGAGAAAACCUACCGCUGUAGAGGAACCAAUUCACUGGGUGCUGAUGAAGGAAACCUGGCUCUCAAUGUCACAUCGCGUCCUAUCUGGGUACAUCGUCUGGAGUCAACGACAGUUGUAGAAGGGAAAGAUGCAGUGUUUCACUGUGUCACCCGGUCUGCGAAAGGUGAACAGAGUCCUAGUCAGCCAAAGUGGGCCCUGAAUACAAAUCAGAUGGGCUCCACCUAUGAUCCCAACAAGCACCAGUUCAAUGCUGACAGGACCACACUGACAGUCAAGUUUGUUAACAAGAAUAGAGACAUCUCUUGUUACCAGUGCACUGUGGCUAACAGUGUUGGCAUGGUUCAUGAUGAUGGCUGUGUCAAUGUUAUUAAACCAAUUGAGAUCAAAGUGAGACCAGCAACUGAACAGUCGGUCAUGAAGGGAGAUGAAGUGGACCUGACUGUAGUGGCCACCACAGACCCACUCUAUGCACCUAACAUGACUUACUCCUGGAUCUUCAAAAAUGUGUCUUACACUGAUGACAGAGUUCCACCUUACGUGACCUUUGACUCUGUCAGCAAGAGGGCUUACAUCAGCACCUCGGGGCUCACUGAUGAGGAGUUCAGAAGCAUUGGUGGCAUUUACCGCAGGGUUAUCUCCCAUCCAGUGGAGACGGUUCAUGUUGAUGUCAGUGUUGAGGCAGAACAUGUACCUGUAGAUCACACUGAGUGUGGCUCUGAGUCUGGCUCACCUUCUUUUACCAAUACAUUAUUGAACAGAGUUCUCAGCAAAAUUGAAGAGCAGAGUGAAGUACUACAGGAUGUGGUUCGUAAACUGAAUCAGAUCACUCUACUUCUUCAAAAUGUGAAGGAAGAUGGCUUAUCCCUGCCCCUAACUAAUGAACAGGAAAUAGAAAGGAUGGAGGAGGAGCUGAUGGAUGAGAGAUUUAGAACAAAAAUGGUUCAGCACCUCUCGCGUAUUGGAGGAGACUCCGUCACUUCUCUUACACGAAGAAUUUUAAGACGUCUGUUUUCUCCGGAGCUGGCUCAAAGAUACAAUUUUAGUGGAUGCGAUGGAAAAAAUAGUUUCCAGUCACUGCAGCUGAGAAGUGUAUUAUUUGACGCAGUCCGCAAAACUUUUGCCGGUACAUGUAUAUCGGAAGCAGAAGUGAAUGGCAUUGCCCGAAAAUGGUUUGGGAAUGCGAGAAAUAUGGAUUGAGGGAGGAUUCAAAGGGCGAUGCUCUCUAAUGGAAUCCCACUAUUCAUGGGCUGAUUUGUUAUGCCUCAUUUUUCAAAUCUUUUAUCUUCUCUGUAAAUAAAUUGUUUAAUUUUCAUUAUGUAAAUAAUUAUUUCAAAAAUAACUUUUAUGCUGUAAAUAAAUAUAGUCUGUAAUUUUUCUGCUAUAAUAAAAAUGAGGAUUUAUGUAGGGGUCACAGUGAAGUCGUUAUGAAAAGAUGUGUCUUCAGUUUAGACUUAAAGGUGGUAAGAGAAUCAGAGUGACGAAGGCUGACAGGUAAACCGUUCGAUGUUGAUGAGAAUUUUUAGGAGAAAGAAUUCUGUCCAUAAGUCUUUGUCUUAGUGGAAUUUGCAAAAGAUUAGUGUCAGAAGAUGAGCGAUGAGGUCAUA